AUGGGCGAGCCGGAAUUGAAACGCCGCCGCCAUGUGGAGUCUGAUGCAUCUCUGGCGUUGGAGCAGCAGCUUGCUUCGGCUGUGCAGGCGGGUGCAAAGCCCGCGGACGAUCCAUUGCCUUCAGCGAUUAAGCUCAUCAGUGGUUCCGUGAAGGACAUAAUCGACGUGCAGAGGUGGGCGGACUUGUUCGACGCGUCGAAGGAGUGCGCAGAGCGGUCCAAGGCAUUGGACGUGAUCUUGGACAUGCCAGCGGCGUACGAGGUCUUGGGGUCCAAUCUCGCGGAUAUGAAGAAGCACGUGUAUGACCUGACUGAGAAGCUUCUGACGGUGAAUGGAAACGAUAAAUGUUUCUCCUUCGACGACGCCAUUCAGCACCACUCGAGGUACAGCGUGCGGGCCAUGUGUGGUGCCGUGGCGGCGACCAGGAACAUCCACCUCGGGAGCUCGCUGUCGGUGGAUCCUCUGUGUGCCCGGGCUCCGUACACAGCGGUGAGCAUGUUCCUCAUCCCUAGCCCGUGCAAGGUCGGCGAGAAGACUGUGUACGAGCGGCCCAUGCCCAUCGGCGGCUCCAACACCAGGAAGUCCAAGUUGCACGAUCGCGCGCAGACGCUCCUGACCAGCAGCUUAAAGAACAAGCUGUGCGAGAAGGGCAUGCAGUACAAGUGGGUGCCGCGGUCCGGAGGCUUGCAGCCCCACGGGCCCCGAGGCAAAGCAGCAGCGGCAAAAGGAGGCAAAGGCGCCAAAAAAGGGGGCAAAGGCGGCAGGCAGGCUGCUCAGCCUGAGCCGGCUGAUGACGAUGACGACGAGCCCGUGGAGGUUGCCCCGUCCAAGGCCAUCGCCCCAGAUACCACGUUCGCGUGGUUGUUCCUGAACGCGCGCGUCACCUUCGAGGGCCUCAUUGACCAUGCGAACGAGCAGGCGGUAUCGUUGGAGCACGGCCUAGGCCCUCGCGUUUUCUACGCGUCCGAGGAAGGAUCGCUGACAAUGGCCUUCCCAGGUCAGCCCGCCAAGGCAGGCACAUUGAGCUUCGAAGAAUUUAUUCUGUUCUCCGGCGGCACCGCGACGAAGAUCGCGGCCGGUUGCAAAAGGUCGAUGGCGGGCGCCAACAUCGGCGGGCUCGUGAUGAUCCAGCCGAGUCAGAUCCCAACCGUAUUUGGGCAGCUGUCCGGGCGGAAUCCCACGAAAAGAUGGCGCAUCUGCCUGAACAACGACUCGCUCACCACGAACACCGACAACAUCCAGUCCCGCUUCGGCGCCGACUGCAAGGCAGAAGGGCUAGGACAUCAACUCGACAACUUUUUCAGGAACGUCUCCUUGUCCGACGGCACCAUUCGCGUGGCGGAGGGGCAGAGGCUUCCACCCAGCGAUUUCGAUUUGGACGAUUUCGGCCGGCAGCUCAUGCUCAGCUUCUGGGGGGAAAUCUGCAAGGCCUGCAACGCGUGCGCCGGGCGCCGUGACCCGCGGAUGCAUGAUCAUUUCACGGACUCGCUCGGCAUCUUCCAGUGCCGCGUGUUCAAAUUGUUCGUGGAAACGGUGAAUGACAUGAACGUGCUGCUGCCAGAGGGUCUGCCGAAACUCCAGUACGGGGGCAAAAUCCCGUGGCAAUUCGUCAUCAAGGCCGUCAUUGAUUGGGCCCGCGAAGCUGUUGAUGUAGCCGCAGUCUAUUGCUUAGCUCUGCUCGGAUGCGUCAUGGAAGUGGCGUGCAUGGUGGUCAUGGGCAAAGUCGACAGUCGGGGUGACAUUCCGAUCGGCAAGGCCAUCGACGCAGUCAAGAACUACGGGCGGUCAGGCUUGGGGAAAGAGCUAUUCAAACAACACAAGUGGGCGAAUCGCCCUGGAAUGAUGCGAGUCGCGGAGCUCCUCCGUUCCGUGGGUCUUGUGGCCGGCUUCCAGGAGCUCGACGACACGGCGUUCACGCCAAUCAAUGGGAGCGAGCCCCCUUUUCCACCUUGGAUGCACUCCAUCAGGAUCAAAACCAUGGCGGGCGAUGACGCGCCAAUAUCGAUGCAGAUCUUCAUGGACAGGCAGAGCAAGUUGAAGAAUGAGAUGGGGACGGUGUCGCAGCUUUUCACGCUGUUGCGAGACAGUCCAGCCUGUCUCGCCACAGAAGGGCGAGCGAAAGAGAUUUACAACGUCGAUGCCGAGAUGAGAAACCCUCCCGCUUGGGCGGCGGACGCGUGCCGCUGGCUGCUGGACCACUGGGCGGCCACGCGCGGGACGGCCGCAGUGGAGGCAGUUCUGAAGGAGGGCGUCAAGAACUUCCAGGCAUUUGCGUUCGAGGCGUUCGUGUCUAAGACCGAAGCCGUUGAGGAGGACGCUGACGUCGCCGAGGCUGCCGGCGGCCAGCCAGAGGCGUGA